CCGCGGGGGCGCGCCGCGCGCCGCCGCUCAUUGUGCUCGGCCGGUGCCGCCUCCGCUGCCGGACACGGCGGGGGGGCCGCGCUCCCGCUCCUCUUCUGCUGGGGCGGACGGCCCUGCUCGCAUCCCCGCGGGCGGCUGCCUUGCGCCGAGCCCUGCUGCUCCUAUCCCGGGCGUCCUGGCCGCAGGGUGGCUCGACACCAAUUCCGGAGGGCUGCGCUGUGCUGCACUGCACGGGCAGUGGGGACUGAACACCCGUUCCCGAGCGGGACUGUCUUGCGCCCAGCUCCGCUGCCCCCAUCCCGGGGAGCUGCCUUGCGCCGGGASGGUGGCCAGCACCCAUCCCCGUGGGAGAGGGCUGCCUUGCGCUCAUCUCCGGGAUUGGCACCUACCCCGGCUGUGCGGAGCUGCAGCGCUCAGCCCCGCUAUCCCCAGCGUGGGGCGGCCCGGGACUGCCGCUGCUUCCCAUCGCCGGUGACCGGCUCCUAGCUCCCGCCUCGUUUUAUGGUCGUGGAGAGGGAGGAAAAAUCCCAAACCAGCUGUUGGAUGAUGAACAGAAACUACUUGUUUAUCAAGAACUGUAUAAAUACAUCAAAAGCUGCCUGACCUACUGUUAGAUCCAGCAGGUGGAAGAGGCUGCAGAUCCUUCUCUGUGUCUGAUUGCAGUGCUGCGUAAAUGAGUAUGGAAGAUUAUGAUUUCCUCUUCAAAAUUGUUUUAAUCGGCAACGCCGGUGUGGGGAAGACCUGCUUAGUCCGUCGCUUCACUCAGGGGCUUUUCCCACCAGGGCAAGGAGCCACGAUUGGGGUUGACUUUAUGAUUAAAACUGUGGAGAUAAACGGCGAAAAAGUAAAGCUGCAGAUCUGGGACACGGCGGGCCAGGAGCGGUUCCGGUCCAUCACGCAGAGCUACUACCGCAGCGCCAACGCGCUGAUCCUGACCUACGACAUCACCUGCGAGGAGUCCUUCCGCUGCCUCCCCGAGUGGCUGCGGGAGAUCGAGCAGUAUGCCAGCAACAAGGUCAUCACCGUGCUCGUGGGUAAUAAGAUUGAUUUAGCUGAUAAGAGGGAAGUCUCCCAGCAAAGAGCUGCAGAAUUUUCUGAAGCACAGGACAUGUACUAUCUGGAAACGUCAGCAAAAGAAUCGGAUAAUGUSGAAAAACUCUUCCUGGACUUGGCCUGCCGGUUGAUCAGCGAGGCACGACAGAACACCCUUGUGAACAAUGUCUCAUCCCCCUUACCAGGAGAAGGGAAAAGYAUCAGCUACUUGACUUGCUGUAAUUUUAAUUAAAGAGCUGGCAUGUGAUUGCCCCUUCUGCCAUGGGCCAAGUGGAUUUUUUUUUUUCUAUGCUGGGAUUUAUCUACUUGAAGGAAUUCCUGCCAAUCUGACCCAUCUGGCUUACAGUCAGGUUACAGUCCUGGAAACAUGGCAGGCUGAUAGCUCCAGCUGCAUGACAAUGUAGCAGAAUACAACAGGGUUUAAAUUUCAUUUUUCUUGGAGUCUGUGGAGCAGGUCAGAAAAGGAAGAGUUGCACAAGUGCUUCAUGUAAUGCAGAACAUGAGCUGUUUUGUUUACUUCUGUGGGAGAGUAGACAAGCCUUUCUUGAAGAUACUGAAGAGAUCCAAACCUCUCUUACAGAACAAUGUGUUUGAUCCUUUUUAAAGCUAAACAAAACAAGAAAAAACGCAACAAUGAAYGCUGACUUUGGACUGCGCUGGCAAUCUUCUGCGCUGUCAGCAAGCGAGCUCUUAGGACGUGUACAUAACGUCUGCCCCUGCGUCUUCAUGGAGGACUCUGGUGUUUGAAAUAAGUGUUAUGUCUCUCAUUUACAGGCACUUUCAUGAAUGUGGGAUAAACAAAAAAGUUACAUAUAGCAACAUUUUUCAGAUUGGAGAAGACAUGGAUACAGCUCCGUUGCUCCCUUUGGUGCUAGCAGUUCAGCAAAUAUUCCUUAGGCCAAACAUAGUCUUACUACAUUACUGUCUUCUGAAUGUGUAACUUAGACUGGUUAGGAAAAAAACACUACUAAGCACUGUUCAUAAAAAUAAAAAAAAAAAAAUCUCAUUACCUCUUUUUCUAGGCCUGAGCAUAGUGGGAAAGGACUGUGUGCUUCUUUGAUAUCCAACAAAGGAUGAAAAGACUUUCCAGAAAUAAAAAUAAAUAAAUUAAUUAAUCAUUCCUCCUCUAAUUAGUCAUGUCCUGAUGUAAAAAGUUAGCCUUGGGAAAGCUUAUUGGUGGACUCAGAAGAAGUGCACCAGAGAUGACCAAAGUCUUGUGCGUGCAUGGAUUGUGUCUAAGGGUGCAGAGGAGGCACAGUCUGAACUGGYAGUCUGAAAUGUGUCUGGCUGAAAAACACAGCAUGCAGACACAGUUUUCAUGGAAAGGCAGGAAUACAAAUUUGUAGAGGGUUUUUUUUGAUGGUAAGUGGAAAUAGCAGUGGGUUAGAAGUGGUGUCAUUCCAUGUCUGACCCAUCCAGCUCUCACCUCAUGCAACUGCUCUCAAAGGUGCUCUUGAAGGUCUCUUCUUGRCACCCAGUCUCUCUGUUGGGGUAGCUUUUAGGUUCAGGGCUGUAGAGGCAUUUUAUUUACUUGACGCUUUGUACCCUUAAUCCCAGACUCUGGUGUAUAUGUAACUCUUUGGGCAGCUUCUUCUUACUGAGCCCCUGAAKUGGAAGCACCAUGGAGUUUGUGAUGUCACUGCACCUCUAGUGCCAUACAAUGCAUUGCAGAUUUACACCUUGGCAUGGAAGCGAAAUCAGAAGAUACGAAUGCGCACAUAAACAAUUAUAUUUAGGAGUUUGAGUUCAGUUUAGCUAAUCUGAAAAGAAUCUCUCCUGAUUACAUGGCUGUGAUAUGCUGCAAUUUAGAGUUAAUCAAUUUAAUGUUAUUUGGCUUUUACUGAAGAUUAUAACAGAGCUUUUGUAUUGACAUAAAGAGCUGCCAGUAAAUACUUCUUGAAAAAACUAGCAAUUAUAAAAAAAAGAAAAAAAAGAAAAAAAAGAGGCAUUUUGAAACGCUUUUUUUUGUUUCCUGGAAAGAUUUCUUUGGGCUGUAUCAUGUUGUGCCUUUGAUAUGUAAUGGGGAGUUGACUCUGUGUCAGCGAGAAGGGGGAUUGGUUUGUCAUAUGGCCAUUUUUAAUAUUUUCUUGCUAUUUUUAGGUCACUUUUAUGACUAGUGGUAAAAGGAAGAUGUAGAAGUUGUGGCAUGAAGCUUGUUUGUCAUUUAGGUAACAUUUAGCAAAGAGCUCUGUAAGUAAGAGAUGUUGAGGAACACAUCAUCUACUGCUCUGCUUUGGUCCUUUUCAGUCUCUGCUCAUGUUGUAAUCUGGAGGAUUUGGAAAUGUGUGGAACCUGCUGUGCUGGACCAUGUGAUACAGCCUGKGCUGAAGAGCAGUAUCUUUCUUCCUGAGUAAUCCCCAAAUUGCCCAAUGCAGCUUCAUUUGAACUUGUGAAGAGCAGCCAACUCCAAGACAGCUGAUUCUGCACAGCUCUUAGCUAGUUCAUUAGAGUGGGGCUGAGGCUGUUCCAUGGCAGGUAACACUCAAGUCUAAAAUCAAUACCAUAUGUAUUUAAUUUGUAGUAGCUGUUCUCCCCCAUGCUGGACCUGUCAGCAUAUAAUUGAUAACAAAUAGGGCAGGGCUCUUUGAUCAGCUUAAUCAAGGAGGAAGGAGACUGCCCAAUAAAACACCCAUGGUUCCUCAGCCUGGUUUCCAAAGAGAUCAAAGCUAGGCAGGYACUCUUCAUCCCUUCUGAGUACCACUAUAAAUGCAUUUUUAAGUGCUCCUCGCAUCACUUCUGGAGCUGGAGCUCUAACGCAUUAACAUGACUGAACAAGUUGAGCUCGUCAAAUAGCAGAAACUGCUAACUUUAUUUUCUUGGAUAUUUACAUUGAGAUUUCUAGAAGGCUAAAUCUUUUCCCAGUGCUUUCCUAAUGUGUAAGUGACUAUUUUGGAGACUAGCUGCCUACUACCAACCUCAAAACACUGCUUCCUUUUAUGGCUAGCAAAUUUUUGUGUAAGGACUCCAUCUCCAGACAGUGAUGUGCUUUUUGUGGCAGGGUGGAGUGCUGCAGUUGGGCKGAUGUUCAUGUGAAUUACCUGACUUCUCCAGUCAAAUUUGAACUGGUUCCUUUCAAUGUUUAGCCCUAAACAUUGAGAAAGAGUUAAAGGCUUAAAAAGUUGAAAGGAAACAAUGGUGGUAUGUGCAACACUUUUUACGAGGUCAUAAACCAAAGCUGCAGUUUGAGACUUGCCUCUCUUUCUGCUGUUUGCAAACACGCCUCUUGUUGAAGAAGCGGUGUUUUAAUGUAGUAACUCCUUUGCUGGUGUUACUUUUGUACACCUUUGAAUAUCUCUGUUGUGCAUAGAGCUGAACUUUCCUCGUAGCACUGAGAGUUUAUCUUCUCUUCUACAGUCUGAUCCGCUGCUGAAGGCUUCCCCGCUGGAAGGAAGAACUUUAUCAACUGCAAAGUCUUGAAAACUAAAAAAAUCCCAAUUAUGUGAUAAUCAGCUCUCCAGCUAAACACUUUACUAGAUUUUUGAGAGAACUGUCUGUAAAAGCCUUGUGAUGCCUGCUGGCUGGAGUGUCCAGAAGCCAUGCAGAAUUGAUAYAAUGGGGCCAGAUUUGACUGGGAAUGUUCUCUGCUAUGAAGAGAGCUAAGCUUUUAGUGUGGUUGCUGGGUUUGAAUGUGUUUUGAGGGUGGUAUAGUCACAGCCAUGGAGUAAUCUUAUUUCUGGUGAAUGUUAAUUUUUGUGGUAGUCUUGUAAUGAGACCCUUUCUUCACAUUUUUAAUGCAAUGAUUAUGUUCAAGCAGAAACCAAUACUGGAUGAUCAAUAGAUGUUUGCUUAAUCUAGCAAGCCUGUUUGCAGAGAUCAGUAAAAGCAUCUCUGAAAACUGGCUGCUCUAAACUCUGAUUUCCAGUGGGAGCCACUGAUUCAGUCAGCCUGAUCUCAAGUAAACCASCAGGCAGUCAGUGCUUCAGGUCACUGAAGUGUGUGUGAAGUACUCACUGAUGUUUUGCAUUUGGUGUUGACACUGAAGGUUUGCUGAGACAAGCCAUGACUCUCCUGUCAGUAUUUGUGUUCCCCCAUGAAAGUGCUAGGGGSAAAAARUAAAACAACAAACCAAYAAAACCCCUUCRUGUCAAAGAAAUAAUGUGGAAAAAGUGAAAUUAUGAACUCUGUAAAGAAGGGAAUGCUGGGUGCCUCUUCCUACCUCGAACCCUGAAGUCUUGAUUUGACCUCCAGGUAAGCUGUUUGAGCAUGCAGUCAUAUACGUGUUUGUGCUGAAUGCUAAAUGGCUCUGUGAUCAUUAUUUAAUGAAAACCACACAUGACAAAUUGUCAGGCAAGAUACUUUGUUGUUUGCUGUAGAACACAUGAAACAGCCCUUAAAAUCUGUCAGCUUGCUGGUGCUGUUUGUGUUUUUUUUGGAAAUGGCUGUAUUGGUAACAGUUGGCUCCCACCAGUCUAGGUUUAGCRGCUAAUGGCUAUCGAAUUCCUCCAGCAUCAGUAAUAAUAGCAGCAGACUGAGACUGACACAGGAGACAGUGAUUUGAAAAGAGGGAAAGUCGAAGUUAGUGAUGCAGAAGCACGGUGGGUGCACACACAUGGGACAACAGGCUUUCCAGAGCUUUUGCUGACAAGGGAUGCAAUUAGUUAGAGUCAAACCCACUGGGCUUUGCCUUGUUCGUUAUCCCUAAGGAUUGCUGUUUGUUCAGCUGCUUUUCCACUUGUCUUCUCUUUUCAAUAUGAAGGACUGUCUGUAAAUCAGGCUGAAACAUUGAGCUGGCAUGAUUCCUGCAGUCAGAGACUGAAUUCAAUUGGAAAAUAGGUGAAAUUCUCCAGCUAUUGAAAGAGGCUGAGCAAACAUGCAGGAUAUUCUGCCCUUUGGAAGUCUGUGAUGCCCUCGGGGUCAGAUAUGGCUGGAGACACUGUCACAGAAACCCUCUCCUGGCUGUGGGACAGAGUGAGUGCCACAACCCUUUGUGAAAGGGAAAGAUGACUCUCUGGAGCAGAAAAUGCAAGUAAAGAGAUGGUUCCACGUGCUCAGGAUUUUCUCUAUCAGAUCUUUUUUUAAAAUUCCAUCUAUGGAUUGCAUGUUGAUUGCUCUGGGCUUUUAGAAGGGUUUGCUGAGAAAUUUAGUCUGAAAUUCUGCAAUCUUUUAGUAUCAAAGCACCCAAUAUCUGUAUGUGAUUGGCUCCUACCAACAAAGACUUUUUUGAAUUAAUUCAGUUUGAAAAACAUGUUUCUAGAGGAUACUUUGUGAAUUCCCAGUGAGCAAGUACAGAAACUCUCUGUCCUGUUUUAAAUGUCUCUGUACAUAAGGGCUCACCAGAAAAUACUCUGGAGCCAAAGAAAAUACUCUAAUCAAUUCUAAUAGUGAAAACUCUGUUAUAUCCAAAUAUUUCCUUCCUUUUUUCAUAAACUUUGUUAUCUCAACAAAUUUGGGGUUUGACAUCACCYUUUUUCCUGGCAUCAGCUCUAUCAUCUGUGGGCAAUUGUUGUAGCUGCUGUUCACAAGCAGCAAGYGAUCACCAUUUUGAAGAACAGUGUUGCCUUAUGAUGACGAGUGUGAGGAAACAAUAGUUUGAUUUCUUAGGAGCAAGUCGUGCAUUCUAAGCAGAACAGCCUCAACUGAAAGUGGUGAUGUCUUUGAAAUGCAAUCAUGCACUUGAGAUGUAGUCAAACGUACCACAAAUGUUCCUGAUGGCACAUCUGCCUCAGUUGAGGAUUUAUCUUGGAUAGGAAAGUGGACAGCAGGGUGAUGAUGCUGCCCAUGAUGCAGGGCUCCCAAAGUAGCACUCUGCCUUGCUUGGACUUACUCCUCUAAUCACCACCUCACUCACCUGACCCAAAGCCGCCUUUGCUGUAYUGAACUAAAUCAGGCGGGGAUAGAUCACUGGCUCUCAUCACUCACAGAUGCCAUCACAACCUUUCUCCUCAUCUGAAUGAGCUGUAACUUAAACCAGAAGUAAAAACUAUGCCAUGUCAGUCACAGGUGUUUGUUUCUUCCUGAGUGGGAGCCACAUCUCCAGAAAAAAAAGCCUCAUCUCUAAAGCUUGCUCCUCCAAGUACAGUCAGUGGGAUAACUGGGGGAAGAUAAYCCAGACAGAGCAGAAAAUGAGAAGGCAAUGGGUGUAAUUUAAGCUUUAAAUGUCAGUGAAAAUUUAGACUGGUUUUAAGAGCACAGCCAGGGUUAACAGCUCACCUCAUCUGUCUGGAUGAACAGRAGCUGGUUAACAAUAUUCAGAGAUUGUUUUCACAAUAGUAGCUUGCAAUUAGGACUUGGUGAAUGUGACCACAUGUUUUGAACUCUAUUCCAAUAAGCUCAGAGGAUAAUUUUAGCUCUGCUUAGUCCUACAAUUAAACUCAAAAAGCAGAUGCCAGCUUUACAUUUGCACCUUUGCUUUUUCCACUUCUGCUUAUUUUGGGAUAACAUUCUGAAGGACAUACACACACACUCGUGAGUGCAUUGUGGUGGUGUCCCUGGUGAGCAUCUUCYGAAAGCCAGUUCCCUGGUUCUCAGGCACAAAAUGACAUGGCCAAAACWUGUGUCAGUCAUAGUUUUAGCUGUGCAUGAUUCUCUGGGGCAGAGAGGAUAUAAAAAGUAUUCUAAUACUUUCAUGGGCAUCAAUCAAGGGCUCUGGAGUGUCUGGUGUCACAUGAAUGCAAAUCUCAGUACUUUUCAAAGCCUGAUUCCUUUAGUACCUCUCAUCGAUGAAUCCACUCUUCUCUAAUUACUGCUCAUGCCUCAAGCACUGUGAAGGGAUGAUCUGAUUGCAUGAACCACUGGAUCUGACUCCUGCUUUAGGGAGAAAGAGCAUCAGAAGCUCAUCUUCUAUGCCACCUCGAGCUUCUUACUAUGGAUGUUAAGUUAAUAAUUCAAUAAGCUUGUUCCAGCCAGGGCACCCYGUAAGGAAUGUUUCUCUUCUUAGGGAGCCAAUACAAGUGAUUCAGACAUUAAGAAUUGAUGGGAGUUUGGUGCAAAUGAGUUGUUCUCCAUCCAGUGAGAUUUAGGGUGGUGURGAGGAGGAACAGUCACUGGGGAGGUGUUAUGAAUGUCUCCAAGGGCCAAGGUUACAUCACUGGCACAGAGCUUUAGUGAAUGUAGUGUCCAGCAGUGUCCCAGCAGCUGAGUCCUUACAGAUGGGCAGCAGAGGUGAGGGAAUGCCAUUUUUACAUUUUAAUAGAUGGGGAAUAAAAUACUUGGUCUGUGGUGGGGAGARCUGCCAUGAUUUCAGGCAUUGCCAUUGCCUCAGCUCUUGCAGACUGUUGGGAAGUAAGGGUUACCACACACCCCCACACACAGCCUGCACUGAAGGGGGAAAACUAACUUCUGAAGCCAAYGUUUUAGUAGAGAAAAGGCCCUCUAAUGAGAGUGUGGAGCAAGCCCAGUGCUUGUUACUAUGCUGAUUUGGAGUGACAAGUAUAUCUCUGGAUAUUAGGGAAGUGGUUUAAAAUAUGCCAUGGUUUUAGCAUAAUAAGAUGCACUGCAGAUAUGUCACAUCCAUUUUAUUCUCCACAGCUGUUUACAAAUGGAAAAAAAGACCCAAAACCCUGAGAUUGGAGCAGCUGCAGUCACUCAGCUGUCGAUAUGGGACAAGGCUCUUUCUGCUCUUUUAUUUCCACUUCACUCUGUUCUGCUGCACAUAUUUGGCUGUUCUGUGAAUUUGCAGAUCAUGAGAUUUUUUUUCAAACUGCCUUUGAUCUAUACAGAAAGACUCACCCUGUUCUCAUUUGAAUUCAUUAAUACUUUGAGUAGGCAUUUUAAUUUUAUGUUUACUGGCUUGUUUCCCUUUGUAAUGUUAUCUAACUGACAAGUUUGUCGUGCUCUGCAUUACCUUUAGACUUCUGAAUCUAAAACAUUUCCUCUUUCUUGAAAGCUAUGAUAAUUUUUAGAGAUGCUACAAAGGCAUCUUCAUUUCCUCAGGAGAAAACCUGAAUUACCCUCAGCUUUGAUUACUAUCAAAUCAACAUUGAAGCACAUAAUUUCUUUUACAGCAUGAACAAAGUAUGUUUUAUACCAUCAACUGUAGUUUAAAUUGUAGUUUAAAAAUCUGCUUAAGCAGGAACAGCAGCAUUUUGUUUGUGAUUUCCAUGCCAGGGAAGUCACAGCGUUAAAGGAAUUUCCUGUGUUGGAGUUUGUCCCACAAAGGUCUACUGUCUUUUCCCCAACAAUUGUAAAUUUAGCACAAUGUACAGAAUUUUAGCAAGAACCCUGAUUCCUAAACAUGUGGCCAAAAGGAUGAGUAGAGGAUGUGCUAUUUGUUGAUGGAGCACAACAAUUUCAAUGGAAAAAAUGCACUAUAGCUGGUCAGACCAUUGAUCUCGUUGCUGGGGUAGUGCUGUCUUUGGGGAGGGUAUAGGUGUUAGCAAAUUGCCAAACUGUAAAUCAUUCACUGUCAGAAACGUUUGGCUUGUCUCUUUAAGUUCUCGUGRUCAAGUGUGGUACAGUGGGCUUGAGAAAGGAAUGUGUUUUGGAUGACCAGGAUGAUGAAUGUAUGAUGCUUCACGUUUAUUUGUCAUGUCCUUUUUAUACUUAGAAAUUGCUUACAUGUGUAUCUGUAUGUAAAUAAAUGUUUAAUCCUUUCCA